CAAAUCAACAAUCAUUAAAUUGAUAGCUAAGCUAAUGGCGGCCAGUCAUCAGAUGACGUUGGAUUUAUACGACGCAGCAGUGACCGGUAACCAUGAAAAGUAUUAUGAUGUUCUCCGGCCGGCUAAAGCGGCAGAUAGUGGAGUUGGAUGCAUUGAAGUUACGGCAUCUGGCAAUACUGUGCUGCACGUUGCAGUGCUCCACGGCCGCAAACAAUUUGUGGAAAACAUCCUAGAAAAAGAUGAGGAUCAUGUGGCCUCGUCUAUGUUACUUACUAGUAACAACAAAGGUGAAAGUGCGCUUCACUGUGCAGCGGAGAAAGGCCAUGCCAACAUAGUCUCUAUCCUUCUCAGUGCCGCCAAGAAGUGCCGCCAGGAUGUAGAACACGGCUGCGUUGGAGUGAGGGCGAUGAUAGAGAUGAGGGAUAACGUGAAAGACACGGCUUUGCACAAGGCCGUGCGAAUGAGGCAUUUGGAGGUGGUGAAGUUAUUGGUGAAAGAGGAUCCUGAAUUUGAGUACCCUGCCAAUGAUGCCGGAGAGACGCCCAUUUACAUAGCAGCAGAGUUGCAAUUACAUUGCUGCUUGAAUGAAAUGCUAACCACAUGUACAAAGCCUACCUAUGAUGGACCAUUGGGUAGAAAUGCUCUCCAUGGAGCAGUAUUAUCAGGUUUUGGCUACACUAAAUGCUGUAGUCACAGAGAGUUUUUUGGCUACACUAAAUGUUGUAGUUACGGAGAGUUUUUUGGCUACACUAAAUGCUGUAGUAACAAAGAGUUUGCCACUGAAUGCACGAAAUUACUGUUAGAAAAGAACAUCGGUUUGUGCGAGGAAACUGAUGAGUUUGGUUGGACACCACUACACUAUGCCGCAAAAAUUAACAAUGAUAAAGUUGUUGACAUGAUACUUGAAGAAAAAACAUCUGCAGCUUACAUUCAUGCGGGCAACAAAGCUAAGUGGAUGACAACAUUCCACAUAGCAGCAAUGAAGGGAAACAUUAAAAUAAUGAAAUUGAUAUCACAGAAGUGCCCAGAUUGCUGGGAGAUGGUGAAUAGCAAAGGGCAAAAUGUGUUGCAUGAAGUAAUAGUGAGUAAGAAUUUGAAUGUGAUACGACAUAUAGAAGAAAGCUCCGGCGACCAAUUUGAAAACCUUGUGAAUCACAAAGAUGAGGGUGGCAACACGCCACUGCACCUGCUUGCUGUUACUGACGGCAAAAUUAUGCGCAAAUUUAUAAAAAAGCAUCCUAUGCUGAAUUACUUUGCAUUCAAUAAGGAACACCAAACUCUGUUUGACAAGGCAAUCAGUUGUAGGGCGGAUGGAUACAAGAAGCUAAUUACAAAGGGCCGGAGAAGACUUCUAAAUAGAAGUAACCUUGUUGACCGCUUGAUAGAAAUUCCAAAAGUAGAAGAUAAAAAGCGAAUUGAAGAUAAGAUAGAAAGAGGUAAAAUAAGCAUCAUUGUGGCAACAUUGAUAAUAACGAUGACCUUUGCAGCGGGUAUUACAGUGCCAGGAGGAUACAACCAAGAAGGGUACCCAAUAUUGCUAGGAAACGCAGCUUUUAAGGCCUUUAUUAUUACUAAUACUUUGUCUUUCCUAUCCUCUAUUUGCUCCAUUGUCGUUCACAUAGCGAUGUUGAAAAUAGCCUCACUGCCCGAGUGUAGCUAUGAAAUUGUGGAUUGGCUGUAUAUUUGGCAGGAUCGUUUGCUUCGUUUGACAUUUUUAGGAGUGAUAAUUGCGUUCUUGUGUGGAAUGUAUGCCACUUUAGCACCCAAACGUUCUUUUGCUAUUAUUGAUUUAGUGUUAGGCAUCAGCAUUGCCCUCCUCCCUUUGAAGGUUUACCGAAAAGCCUACAAGAUACUCUAUUAUUAAUAUAUGUAUUUGUGUUAAGUUGAUUUUUUUGAGAGAUUAAUAUACUCUAUUUUUGACAAUCAA